GUUUGUUAGAAUCUCAAAAGGCUCAUCUAUCAGUCGUUUAUGGGCGCAUCUAUUGAUAUUGAAGGCAUACGGUAUCGUGAAGUUGCUCGGAGCUCCGACUUCCCGCUGGAGGCGAUCAGCAGCACGUAAAUGGAGAAGUGACAGUAUAGCUGGAAAUGGUUAGCAUUAGCUCCACGAUUACAGCCCUCUUUACACAUUCAUGUGACGCUUGUUGAUCGCUGUCAACUGAGCGAGUUAUCCAAACAGACUGAAAAUGUGCUCCAGAGACGACUCUCAGAUCCAGGUUCUGGAGGAGGAGGUGAAGAAUUUGUCUGAUGAGUUACUGCAAUGCCAGGCGGACAAGGAGUUUGUGUGGUCCCUGUGGAAACGCCUGCAAGUGGCAAAUCCAGACCUGACCCAGGCUGUCAGUUUGGUUGUUGAGCGUGAGAAGGAGAAAGCGGAGAUUAAGUACAGGAAAGUGUUGGAGAUCCUUCAGUCCAAAGAUUACAAAAUCCAGGAGCUGGACCAGAAAGUGACGGGGCAGCAGCAGGAGAUUAACAGCUUGGUACAGGGGAGGACGACAGUGGAAGAGGAGAGCUCUUUAAUGAAGAAAGAGCUGACGGCGCUGCGUGGACAACUGGUCAAGAAGAGUCAGGAACUUCAGGAAAUGAAGACAGAGUGUAGGAAGAAAGAGGAGGAGGAGCGGCAGGUGGUGCAGGCUCUAGAGGAGGAGAAAGAGGGAUUAACUUCCCGCUGCGCCGCCCUGCAAGCUGACCUGGAGGAGAAACACAGGCAGGCCAACAGCCAACGAGACCAUAGGGAUGCUGCCCAGGCCAGAUUAAAGCAUCUGGAGGAGGAGCUGCACAAGGCGUGGCAGGAAAUAUCUGCGUUGAAGAACCACAACACUGACUUAUCAGCCCAGCUCUCUUCCAAAGAAAAGGAGGCAGCAGCAAACGAAGAGCGACUCAGUCAACUUUGCCGGGAUUUUGCCGAAAUGCAGACUCUGUACAGAGAGAGCACAGACCAGGCAGCAGCUCAGAGCCACCUGAUCAAGCAACUGGAAGGACUCAACCUGGACACCCAGAGGGUCAUGAGGAACCAAGAAGAGGCACAUACUGCCGACACUACGUCCUAUCAGCAGCUUUACAAGGAGCUGAGUCAGUGCUACCAAGCUCUCAUGUCUGGCGAGGCCAAACUCCGCCAGAGUUACCACGAACUCACCGACCAGUUCGCCCAGAAAAACCAACACAUCUUGGAACUCCAGGCACAACUACAGCAACAGCAGGACCAGAUACAUCUUCAACAGCAGCAGCAGCAGCAACAGUGUCAGCUGACUGCCCUCUACUCCUCUCCAAGCAGGCAAACCAACUUGAAGGCAGCGGUGUCAGAGCAAGCUGAUGCAGCGGCUCAGAGAUCUCCCCCCAUCAGUGACCAGGCUUCCACUGCGGGUUCAGAUCCCAGACCAGAGGACAAGAAUGCCCAUCCCAGAUCUAGCCGGACGGUCAGAAGGCAGCAGAGUGCACCUGUGCAGCGGUCCAGGUCUCUGUCCCCUGCCAGCAGUGUUGGGCUCGGAAGCGGGGAGAGAAAAAAGGUAGAUCAGAGGAUUCAAGACCUUGAGGAGCUGCUGCAGUUGAAGGUGGAGGAGAAUGACGAGCUGAGAAAGGCUCACAAUAAACGCCGUGAGCGGCUGUGCUUGAUUCAGUCCAACUACAAGACGGUCAGGGAACAGCUGAAGGAGUUGGAGAAGUCCACUGGCUUGCCCGGUGGGAAGAUAAAGCGUGCGGCACCGUGGCAGCUCCAACAAGAGAACAGCGAUGCUGUGUGGAAUGAGCUGACUUACCUGAAAAAGCUCAACAGGAAACUCUCCAUUGAGAAAGCGGGACUGGAAGAAGAGCUGGACAUGCUGCGGGUCCAGGCUGCAAUGGACCGUGCCACAGUGAAGGAACUUCACUUGUACCUUUCCAAGGACCACCAAGAAUGGCUGCACAAAAUUGUAGAGGAGCACCGGGUCAAAAGCAGCACUCCGAAAAAGCCUUCCCUCUCUUCAAGCCAAGUGGAACAGUCAUUUAAAAAGAUUGAGCAGCUGGAGCGGAGGAUGAUGUCCCUGGAGGAGCAGACAGUGAGGCUCAGGGAAGAGAAAGAGCAGCUACUCGAGGCCAAUGAAGACUUGGCCCACAACUGCCGCAAACUGCAAACCUCUGUGGAUCGUCUGCGAACCCAAGAAGCUGUCCGGGAAGAGGAAGCCCAUGCCCAGGCCACGGCCCGGGAGGCCAAGCACCGCGAUGAGAUUGUGCUCCUAGAAGCCCGGCUAUCCGAGUCUCGGAAAGAGACUACCAAGCUUCAUCAUCAGUUGAUGAAGCUGAGACAGGACCUGGGGAUUCUCAGGGCGGCGAGGGACUUCUAUAGGAAUCGUUCUGCAGGACAGGCUGGAGCAGGUUCCGUGGCUAACAACAUUGGCAGCAAGGUCAAAUUCAAAACAACCCGGCGCAGAGGUCUGCUGCGGCACCGCAGCCACCAAACAAUCAGCCCCGAUCAAGCCAUCAGCUGGCGAGGCCGCAGCCCCAGUCCCACUAAGGACGAGUGGGAGGACAUGAGCGUCGAUAGUGACAGUGGUGAGGAGUACUCAGACAGUCUCAACAGUGGGCCUGCACGGAACGCGCCCAACACGCAGCAGAUGAAAAGGAAGGCCUACAGGUCUUCGCUAAUCUUGAGGAGAGAGGCAUCAAUGGAAAAAUCUAACAGAAAAAAACCUGGAUUUCUGACUCGAGGCGAUGAACAGCAUGAGCCCUGGGAGCGAGGGACAGGGGGAGAGAGGAGGAGGUGGAAGAAAAGGCGGAUGCUGAUGAAGGCCCAGCGCUGCUCCACCUUUUCUCUGCAGCAGCGCAUCGAGUCUCUACAGCGUCACGUCGACAUCCUGCAAAGUGCCAAGAAAGACGCAAUGCUUUCAGCCAGAGAGCUGCGAAGGGCCAAUGAGAAGAUCGCAGCACAGCUCAGCUCCCUCAACGAGAAACUCCUCAGCAACAAGCAGGUCACACAGAAGCUGACCUCUGACCUGCUUGGCGUGGAGCAACAGAAAAGGGUUUUGGAGAUGGAGCUGGAGCAGUGGAAACAGAUCACCGUCCCCCUUCAAACUGCUCCACCACCACCACCACCACCAGUAAAUACAGAGUGCGCCUGCCGGGGCAGAACUAUUCCCGCCCCAGCUAACCCUGCCUGCCCGGCCCUGGAGGCUGAAGUCAAACAACUUCAAGCCAAGCUGAAGAGCACCAGCGCAGAGGUCACCAGGCAGGUGGCGGCUAACAAAGCCCUGCGAGGCCAGCUCCAGGAGAAGGAGGACAAGCUCUGCCAGCUGCAGGACAAGGUCAGCCACUUAGAGCGGGACGUGACCAUGAAGAGGCAGCUGGUGGAGGACUUGAAGACGAGGCUCAAGUUCCUGCAGGAGAUGGAAAAAAGUUACAGAGGACAGGUGGAGGAGCUGGAGAAGAAGGUGAAGACUUUAUCGGAGGAGGCCUCCAACAGGAAGGCCUUCAUUGAAUCACUGAAGAGAAGACUGAGCGUCACGACAGCAGAGAAAAGCCAAUAUGAGACCUUGUGCGCAAAAAUGAAAGAAGACCUUGAAAAAAAGGAGCAGCGGAUACAUGCCCUCCAGGCUCGUGUGGGUGCUGGCGAGCAGGCUUUGGCUGCACUGGAACACACUGCCACUGAGCAAAUGGAAGGGUUGACCCAGCAGAGCUCCCUUGCCUUGGACAGGCUUCAGAGACAGCUCAGCCAGGCCUCCUCCCAUCAGGAGCAGCUUCAUUCUUUCAUCAAGGCCCUGGCCAGUGAAAUACUUUUAGACGUUCAAGAGGUCAAGCAGCAGUUGAUGAAGAGGAGGAGGUUGAGGCAGGCCAACUCCACAGCAGCAAAGGGCGGCCUCUCAGCCAAGUCGAUGAUCAAAGUCAAAUCCAUGGCUGCCUCCAUUCUCAAUAUGUCGGAGAAUGAUCUUGCAGACAUAAUGGAAACUGAUCAGAGAACAGCGACCUGUUCCGAGGGUCCCAGGGACCAGGCGUGGCUGGACCACCUCAGCCACAUCCUCCAACAGAAGAUCCCCUCUGCCGGCCAGCUAAUGGAGGCUGUGCGCGUGAAGAUGAAGGAGAGGAAAGUGCUGACAGAAGAGCUGGCCAUGCUUGCAACACCAGUCAGCGAAAAAGCCUGACUCCCUGGGCUGAGGCUGGGAAAACUGUCAUCCACUUCUUUUUCUCCCUCCCUUCUUCUCUCCCUCCCCAGUUCCCACUCAGUGGGAGCCGGGCUGAGCCAAGCUGAGCCGGGGCAGCAGAACCAAUAUUUGUGAGAAAAGCGCUGUCGACUCACUCUGGGCCACUGGCUCAACACAGCAGCCCGGCUUUUGUAAAUGAGCCCUCGACAUCUGUGUUAGCACUCACUGCACUAUGUCUAUCAGACAGGGGCCCUUUAGUGCCAAGCUAAUUUACAGUACAGCCACUCUCCACUCUCCGCGCAGACCCGGGGUGAUAAGGCAAAUGCUUACACUAAUGUUUAAGUUACACCUUUUUAACUUUCUUUUACCUCUCCCCCUAAUUUAUCAGACACCUCAAGGACCUUAGGGUGCAGAGGCUUGACCUGGCGGUGCCAAGUCGACACUUUAAGAAAGUCCAAGCCUGCAAAGAGGCAGAAAUUCAGGGAAGGAGGUUAGAUUCAUUCAAAAAAAAAAAAAAAAAAAAC